AUGUCUCCCAAUCCAUUUCUCCGUGAAGAAGUUGAAGAUCGCAACACAUUCUAUCUUGGAAUUUGUAUUCUUUUCGGAUGGAUGGCCUUCGUUUUAAUUUGUGCAAGACCAACUUUGUUCCGAGACUAUCUCAAAAAAUGGUUCAAACCAGAUGGAGAUAUAUGUACUGAGAAAAUUCGGAAAGCAGAAGCACGUCUUCAAGAAACUCUUCGUCUUGCUCAGAAACCAUCAAAUUUUUUGGUUGAUCAAGCUGCUGUAAUGUCUGCAAUGGCUACUCGAUCAGACAAAAAUGAGACUCGAAUAACUCUCGGUUUGGUGGAAGAAGAGGAUGAAGAAGAUAUUUCAUGA